UCAACAUAGGAAAGCUGUAGCAUAUGACUUACGUUUAUUUGUAAAGAGUAUAUUUUAGUCGUGUCAUAUUCCUAUGUCAGUAGUACCAAUUUACAUCUAAUUUUAACGUAUGUUAGGUACUUUUCUUAAAGUUCUAAACGAUUAAACAGCUUGAGAAAUUUAACAGUUAUUAACAUUUUGCCAAAGACUAACAUGAGUAACAGUGCCACUGCUAGUCAACAACGAAGUACAGAAGAAACUGAAGCAAUGUUUACUGGAGUGAAGUUGACCGUUGAUGGGGAAAACGAAACUUCCAUCAAUCACGGGGACGAGGGAGAGGGCAGUGAACAACAAAGUGUCAAUAAUACACUAUCGGCUGAUCAAGUACAUAACUCUGAGCUUCCGAUGAAUGCUGACAGGUCUGUGGCUUCAAGAUAUUCUUCUAGUCGCCCUCUAACAGAAGAGGAAAUACAGAGUUUCUUUGCAUUUCGGAGGCAGAUUAUUCAUCAGAGAACUGCAAGUUCAACCGGUGUUUACAAAGUAUUAUCUGCAAAAUUUGGGUCCAUGAAACCUAAAGUAAUCAACCCUCCAUAUCAACCUUUUGGAACUUUUAGCAGUUCAUUGGUCUUUGGAUCAUUUUCUCCAGUUGUAUGA